AUGGGUGGUAGAGCACUCGACCCCGCUUCGUUUGCAGCUUUGUGCGAGAUACCACCCUCUCAAGCAGCCGACCUUGAAAACAUUCCAGGCUGGAACGAUGCGCCUGAUAGCGAGAAAGACAGCCCGAGCACUGGCAACAAUGAUCCUGGGCAGAAGCCAGCAUUGACAUCCAACAAGCAUGGCGACUCCCCUUCAUCAGAGGUGAACAAUGCAACUGCGAUGGAUGCAGAGGAAGCAGAAGAUCAUCCAGAAGAGCCACUGGCAAAGAAUUCAAGCGCCCUGGAGGCAUCCAUGGAGCUGUCCCCACUCCCUGACAGCCCCACCGGCUUGGCUCCGGUCCGCUUUGAUGAUGAGGAGCAUGCGGGCGCCACUGGUCAGGCUGCCUCGCCGCAGGCCUGGGCUUCGGAUGCGCUGCCCGUCACUCAAGCACCCGGUGUGGGCGGCGACUCUCCUGGCAUCUAUGCAAGCCUGCCCGUGGACAACAGUGCAGAAGAGGAGGACAGCCCCGCCGAGAAGGGGCAGCCUCAAGAAGCCCAAACUCCCAAGCUCAACACUGAGGCCAGCCCAGACCUUGUUGUCAAAGGCAAGAAUCGCAAGGCGUCCUCUUACAAAAUGUCUACUGCAAUCGGAUGGAGUGCAGGAGCAGACAGCAGCGCCAAGCCUCAGACCAUGCUUGGGACCAUUUCCCGUGUAGUGAUGAAGCCUUUUGGCUUUGGAGGCUUUGCGAAUGGCCUGUGGGCAAAGAGAGCGUCAGAGACAACCAAGCCUGGCAUGGCAGCAUCUGACGCACUGGAGAACCCCUUGUCACCAUCGCUUGGGCAAGGCCCUGCUGAAGGCAGCAUAGACAUUGGAAGCCCCUCCGCUAUAGAGGCCCGCCUGCUGAGCAGACUGCCGCCGUCGCCGCGCGCUGACGCUAUCAAGCAGGGCCUGCACAUCAUAGAGCAGGCGCACCAGAUGGGGCCUGGAGGCCUACAGCUACAGACCCCUGUUGCAGGGUUCGGGACAGACAUUAAUCCGGAGGUGGUGAUGGGCCGCGGGGACAGCGCGGUGGCUGAGGCUAUCAGCCAGGCAAUGGGAACGCCCCAGGGAGUCGCCGCGGCAGUCGUUGGCGUGCAGCUGGACGGCGCCACAGCCACGGCCAGCCUGCCCCCCACCCUGGUGGGCACCGAGCUGGGCGCCAGCAUUGCCCAGGAGAGCAUCGCCGUCGCGCAGGCAGCCGCGCAGCAGGCUAAUGAUCUGAUGUCAGAAGGCCCCUCGCGCAAGAGGUCCGCUGAGGAGGUAGAGCAAGGCGAGGAGGGUGGCAGGGAGGUGCAGCAGCCGAGAAGGCGCCGCCGCCUGCGCACGGGGAUGGAGGUCGUGUGGAAGUUCUUCGGUGUCAGCAGGCCCGACGCCUGA